AUGAAAUUUGCUAUUCCACUUGAUUUUAUUAUUAAAUAUUCCUCUGGCAUUAGAGAAAACUCGCAACGAUCAUUCAAAUGCAACAGUUUAAUUCUGACUGGACUGAUGCUGGGACUUGAAAUUCUCUUCAACCAAAUGAUCACGAGAAUUUAUGAGAGUUUAAAGCACAUCAACUUUUGCCAAGGCAUUGUUGUGUGCGAUCUGCGUAAUCAAGCGAGAGCUAAAGAAAAUUAUUUGAGAGAAUUCGAGACUGAAGAGCGAUCAACGAACUUCAAUAAGCUUUCUCGUAGUCAACUUUGUUAUCAACGAAAAGAUUUCAAAAAUUUUGAUAAGAAUUAUCGCAAAAUAAAUUGA